GUGAAAUUGAAACAAAACUGGUACAAACACAUUUUGUGGUUAACAAUGCGGUUCAGACCAAAUCGAAGAAUAUCACUACUCAUAAUGUUUGUCAUCAUCAUUGCGCACUCAAAACUUAAAAGUAGCGACUCAGUUGAAAAUUUGGAACUCAAGCGCGAAGGCUUCAACAUUGGAGAGUUUGUUUUUCUCUCAUGUGUUCGGUUCUUACAGAACACCCGGCUAUCCAAUGAAUUGGAGACAAGCGUCAAGGAGCGCUGUGAUUUCGUGAGUAAUCAGCUGAAAAGACCGGAUCUGACACCGAUUGACAAGGAGGCUCUUAGUGCUCACAUCAACGAUUGCACCACACUAAUCCGAUCACAUUCCCCCAAUGAGACAACAGCGUACGUGAAAUUGAGGAACUCGAUGCUGAAAGCAAUCUUGUUUUUGACCUCACCCAGCGCCGUGAAUCUUGAAAUGCGGUCCAGGUUGCUGGCCAACCAUGUGAACCUGGCAAUGGAGCAUCUGAGGAAAACUCAAGAUCCUGGAGAUUGCUUGGAGUAUGCGAUUCUCAUUUGUGACCCUACGGAAAGCCACUUACCAAGCAAAUUCGACUCAAGGGUCAAUUUUGCUGUUAUGUGUCUAGCAGGGGCAGUUGCCACCAACCGAAGAUUGCUCCUGAAGAGCCCGGAGAAUUUUCUACUUUUCCAGGACUGGUUCUUGCCAAUUAGUGCCAAUUGUCAAAGCCAAGACAAGAGUUUGCUAGAAUCUUUCAAUGUGACACAUUCUUCGCGUUGGCCAGCUUUGGAAAUGGACAAGCCGGUUAUUAUGACUCCCAAAUCGUCGGCUAAUCCUGGUAUAAAAAGUUCCAGGUUUCCUCCCAAUGUUCCACCAGAAAUAGGGCGUUGGGAAGAUAUCCAGAAACUGACGGGGGAUCCAUCUAUGUGGUACAUGGGAGUCCUUGCCACGUUCUUGACCCGUCUGCAAUAUGAUGUUUGGCAUAAGUUUGUAGACAAGGCUAGAUCUCUGGGUAUUCCAAUCGAGGCUAAGAAGCCGUACUCAUAUCCAAGUCUUUACAUCAAAGAUAGCAAUCAGACCACCAAACCAGCAAGCGUUCUCAAGUUCAUGGCCGAGGUGGAAACGUUUUAUCUAAAGAAACGCAUUCAGAAUGCUCAAUCAGUGGAAGGUCAAAAAGUCAUACUUGCUCUAAAUAACUCCCAAGUUAUAUCAGAGAGCUAUUCAAGAUCACAAAAACCGCGCAAGCACAGACGAGCUUUUGUUUCUAGAAGGCGACGUCAUCCGGUCUUUGACGGUUCAAGAGCACCAAGAAAAAAUAUCUCGGGUUGAAAAUUCCAUGGCCAAGUCACUUGCGUUUGGAUUUCAUUUGCACACCAAAGCGUUUGGCUCAUUCCCGGAAUUUAAAGUGAUUCGAAUUCACCACGAAUAACUGGAACGCUCAGAUUAUCAGAGUUACUUUUUAACUUUAUUGCGACUCUUGGUCAUGUCAGAUUGUAAAAUGUAUAAAACUGUAUGUAUAAAUAUCAUAUACAAAAAUCGAUUAAUAAAAGAAUAAAAUGGUCAAGACUGAUAAAAUAGUUGACUAGAGUGUGGUAUCACAGUGAGUUUGACUAGUAUUACUCCUUAAUAAUGCCU